AUGCUCCAUUUUUAUGUUCAUAUUAUUAGCGACACUUUUUUGGGGGGCGAAGAGAGUAGGAUACGACCGACCAAAUUCAGAGUUUCGAAUGGGGCUGGAAAGAGAGACUUUCGGGUGUGGAAACAGCGCCUGAAAAGGGGAGGCGGAAUUGCGGACCUCCCCUCUGAUUUCAAGGAGAAGGCGCCCACCGGCACCGCACCGCACCGCACCGGUUCCUCUCUGCGGCAGCAAACUCCUCCCAUCCAUCCCUCGUCCAUCCUGGCUCAGGUUCGCACCGCCUCCACCCUCUCAUCACCUCCUACCUACGCUUCGUCAUUUUUGACUAUAUUUACUCCCCGGCGUGCGCCCAUCGACCAAGGUAGCUGGGGUGAUUCCGGUGUUGCUUUCCUCUCAUGGCAGGCGCGAGAGGGUGGAGAUGAGGAGGAAGGCGCUCGCACGGGGCUUCUCCGCCGACGGCGUCCUCCGCCGCAGCCGCCCGCUCCCAGCGCGCCGCCGGCCACCGAAGGGGACAAUAAUAGCACGAGCAAGGAAAAAAAGAAGGGCGAGAUCACCAAGACCAUCCGAGACAGGCUAUCAUCGUCUUUCUCUUCCCCCAGAAGCCGCCUCUCCUGCUGGACGAGCCAUCCGAUCCGGCGGAGCAGGAGGGGGAGCGGCACGGCCAGCGACGAACAUGGCACGCCGGUGACGGCCAAGGCAAUCAGGCCCCCCUCAAGGAAGGUGGUCGCGGCAGGGACCAGAUCCCUGAUCGAACGCAACGAUUUCUACAGCCAAGAAUGCAACACGCACAAGUAG